AUGUCAAAUGCCUGUGAGGAUCUAAUUUUGGAGUCGUCUGAUGAAAGCGAUGAGGAGCAAUGCGAGGACGGAAGCUCUGCUGAAGAAGAUGUAGUUGAAGAGGAUUUGAACGUUGAGGGAUCUUCAAGUGAAGAGGAGGACGAGGAGGGUGUUGAAUUAGCAAUAAACCACGAGACGCCUCAACCCGUGCAAGUACCUGAGGUGAAUACAACUUGGGAGCAACUCGGCCUUUCAAGAUGGUUACUGGAUCAAUUAAAAGAAUUGAAUUUGAAGAGGCCUACCCCUGUCCAGGCAUGUUGCAUACCAAAAGUGAUGGAAGGCUGCGAUGUGCUUGGUUGCGCAAAAACGGGAACAGGGAAAACAUUUGCUUUUGGAUUGCCGAUACUGAAUGAAUUGGCAUUUGAUCCGUAUGGGGUAUUUGCUUUAGUAUUAACGCCAACGCGUGAGCUUGCUUUACAAAUACAGGAGCAAUUUGCUGCAAUUGGAAAAGUUAUUGGCUUGAAAUGUUUGGCUGUGAUUGGUGGAAUCGAACAGAUAAAACAAGCAUCCGACUUAAGUAAGAGACCGCAUGUCGUUGUAGCAACUCCUGGAAAACUAGCGGAUUAUAUUGAAACUCAUCAAGACUCAAUGGGACAACUCUUCCGUAAAAUAAAAUACUUUGUGCUCGACGAAGCUGAUCGAAUGCUCGAUGGGCAAUAUAAUGAACAGCUCAAAGUCAUCUUUCAAUCUCUUCCACCAAAAAGACAGACGCUAUUAUUCAGUGCUACAAUUACUUCGGCGAUCAACAAAUUACACCAGGUAUCCGUUCGCAAACCUUAUUUCUUUGAAGAUAAAGGUGAGGGAGACGAAGCAACGGUUGAAAAACUUGAACAGAAGUAUGUUCUUUGUCCAGUGAACGUGAAAGAUGCCUAUUUGGUAUACGUAGUAAAAAAUUAUUGCGAAAAGAGCCCGAAAUCGUCUGUUAUUGUAUUUGCAUUGAAUUGUCGUGAAUGCCAGGCCUUAGCACUGAUGUUCACAAAAUUGGGCUUUCAAGUUGGAUCUCUACAUUCACAAGUUUCGCAAAAAGACCGAUCAUCAGCUUUGGCCAGAUUUCGAGCUCGAACCCUUCGUGUGCUUAUCUGCACCGAUGUGGCUGCUCGCGGCCUCGACAUACCUAAUAUUGAUCUCGUUGUCAAUCACAAUGUUCCGGAUCUCCCCAAAACUUAUAUUCAUCGAGUUGGGCGAUCGGCACGAGCUGGCCGAUAUGGAGCCGCGUUGACUUUUGUUACUCAAUAUGAUAUUGCCCUCCUCAAAUCCAUCGAGAAGACGACAGGAAAGCUUAUGGAGGAACAAAAGGUCAACGACAAGAUGGUUUCCCGAUACGUAACGCAAGUGCUGGUAACGAAGAGAGAAGCUGAGCUAACGUUGGAUCAACAAAAGUUCGGCGAGAAAAAGCUCAUACAAAAGAGGAAGGAGCUCAUUUUAUCUGGAAUGGAUCCCAUUGAGGCGGAUCGAAUCAUCGAGGAAAAACGCAAAACGAUAAGUGAUCGCGGCGCGAAGCGAGCAUCCAAAUUACAGUCACAGGUUGAGAAGCGAAGGCCUGGUAUGAAAAGAACGUUGAUAGAACCUGUCGAAGGCGGAGACAAAAACAAGAAAAAGAAAACUUUCGCACGA